AUGGCACCUCGGAUAUCAAAAGCAAUAUUGGUCAUAUCAGGUGCAUUAACUGGUAUUGCAGCUAUCGCAGCGUUUUCACAUUAUAGAUCUCGACAUGAUGUACCUAACAGUACCACAACAACAACAGAAGCAAUAAAUAAUAGAUCGAGUCGACUUCGUCGUUCUCGAACCGUUCGUAGAAGAAGAAAUAGAUCAUCGCCUGUCAAUAAUGAAAAUGAGCCAUUGGCUUCACUUUCAGAAGUUGAAGAUGAUGCAGAUAAUAAAGUGCUAUCAUUAUUUAAAGAAUGGAGUGAAGAUGAUAAUCGUAAUCUACUUAAUCUGUUACAUGCUAUUUCAGAAAAUCAAUCUCGUAAAGAAGGAUUCAUUCAUCGUGGAAUUACUUGCAAUAAAUGUAACAUGUCACCUAUUCGCGGCGUUCGAUAUAAAUGCGCCAACUGUGUUGAUUUCGAUCUUUGUGAAAUGUGUGAAGGAGCGAAUAGCCACAUUAAUACACAUGUAUUUUUGAAAAUUAGAAUACCUAUUCCACCACUAGCCAAUCCACGAAGUGCACUAUUACCGACAUUUUAUCCUGGAAAGCAUCAUAACAAACCGCCUAUAUCAAUAGAGAAAUAUCGUGAAUUACAGCAUGCUUCACAUUUUGAUCAAGUAGAAUUGGAAGCACUAUAUGAACAAUUUAAAUCACUUUCAACAGUGGAUAGAGAUGAAGGGGGUAUAGAUCGAGAGACAUUUGAGCAAUGCUUAGGACCUUUAGGUUUAGAAAAGAAUCUAAUUACUGAAAGAAUCUUUACAUUUUUUGAUCAAGAUAAAGAUAAUGUUAUUAGUUUUUCAGAAUUUAUUGCAGGUCUAAGUGUUCUUUGUAAAGGAAAUCUAGAUGAGAAAAUCGAGUAUGCAUUUAAAGGAUAUGAUUUAGAUGAAGAUGGGUAUAUUUCAAGAGAUGAACUUUAUCGAAUGUAUAAAUCCUAUUUUUAUCUAUCAAUGGAACUUGUAAGAGAUGUUGUAAGCGCUAUGGAAGAUGAAAUGAUGGAUUCCUUUGAAUUUUCUGCUUCCCAACCUGUUAGUGCAGCAUUUAAUGUAGCCAUGCCUUCUACUACAACCUCUGAUAGAAAUCAAAGUGAUAAUAAUGACAGUGAUGAAGAAACAAAUAGUAACACUGCAUCCAUUAAUUAUCUAUCUGAAGCAGGACCAUCUAGUAGUUCUAGGAAAAAAAGAAAGAGACGUUAUCCGAUAAAAGAGGACCAUUUCCUAAGACAGUAUGCAAUAGAAGCUGAACAGGCACAGGCACUCUCAGAUGCUUCUAAAUCACAAGUGGAUGAUAUAGCCAAUCAUGUUUCACGUUCGGAUAGUCAACGAUUGUCAUUACCUAUUACUAAAGAGAAUGAUGAAAAGAAGCAAGAGAUACCUGGCAGGAAGGCUUGGGAAGAAAAAUUCCCUAUUAUGGAGACAAUGUCACAAGGAGCUAUUAAUGAAAUGGUAGACAAAACAUUUAAAAGCAUAAAAACUGAAAAGAAAGGAUAUAUAAAUUUUGAAGAGUUUAAAGAAUGUGUUCAAACAGACUCAAGUAUUGUGAGUUGGUUUGAAGCCUUAGGCACUGUAUUUUAG